AUAUCACUUUCAAUAUCAUACUAAAAGUUCAUUUAAAGAAGAACAACCCCUUUAGCAGUAUGGUCAGCUUUAAAGGGAAUGUAAACCCUCACAGCUAAUAACUGUUGGAAGAGCAAUUCUGGCUACUUUAAUAAACGACUUUCCCCCCCUAGUUUAUAAGAUAUUAGCCGUUUGCCUCUUUCCUUCUCAAACCCGGCACAAAUGUCAGGGCCACAAUAAAAGAACUGUUCGGAUCUCACACCCCCUGGAUAAUGACAGAAAUGGAUUAUUUUCUAUUAUUUAUAAGAAUAGACAAGAAAAUGAAGCAUAAGGGCUUUAUGUGAAAUUCCAAGAUUCCUCGCUUUUUCAGACGGGAACAUCACUCCGGACUUUAGCUCCUAUGAUAACUGCCAUUAAAUGUCAAAGUCCAAGAAGUUGUCUUUUCAGUGUGUUUCCCAGUGUCAGGAGCAUCUCACAGCCUCAGCCGCUCACUAACCGACCCCUUUGUAUCAUCUCAUGUCUCUGCCCUCCGAGGGGUCUCUACACAUAGGAGCAAUGGAGAGCAAUGCCCAGACCCCAGUGUCUCUGUCUGGAAUCCUGGAGAAGAGGCGUCAGAAUCUGAAAUUCCAUUGGAAAGUCUACAACUUUGUCCUCAAGGGGUCGGCGCUGUCUUAUUACAAGCUCCGAGGGAACAACGAGAAAGAGGGGGAGCUAUGGGGCACCAUCGAACUGCGAGAUGUGCAGUGCUUGAACUCUGCUGAUGCCAUUGGUCAUCGUUAUCCUAUAGAAGUGACCAUGAGGAGUGGGAAGGUCAUAUUGCUGUCUGCAGACUGCAACGUGGAGAGGACAAAGUGGCUUCAGGCCUUACAGGACAAAACGAUGGAACUGAGAAAAAGCCGGAGCCCGACCGACACACCUGUUGUACGUGAGAGGCCAGGAGAAUGUAGUCGUGGGAUCUGUGAGUGGAUGACUCAGUCCAAACCCAUUGAUGCAUCUGAAAUCACAGUUGGCAAAGAAGGUGACGUUGCUGAUCUGGACUCAUUCAUUGAUGAGACAUUUGAUGGGAUCACAUUCAAUCGUCCGUCACAGUUUGUGAAGAAAGAUCAAGGAAAUAAAACAUGAAAGACCAGUGAAUGGAAGGGAAAUAAAACACAUCCAGCCAUACUCCGGGAUACUAACACCUUCUUGUGUCUAAGAGAUAGACUAACUCCUGACUGAUCACUUUGGAACAUCAAAGAGAAUAUUCAAUCUACCAUUUCUCACCAAUCAACCUGAAACUCUGAAUUUUACCUAAAGAAGAUGCCGUUCCUACCAAGAGACAAUGGAUAGUGCCCUACCUUGUCAAUAGAAGGCUUGUCAGCUCUGUGACGGACAAACACAUUGACUUGCAUAUACUUCACCUACAAGAGAAAACCGCCGCAGCUACAGAUAUUGUUACCAUGGAAACCUCACUUGUGUACAGUUUUUGCUUUUAAUAUUUCUGUUUGAACUGUUGCAAAGAGCCGUACUGUUCCCGUUUCAAUUUUAUUCAUUCCCCUUAAUAAAUGUUAAUGUCGUGACAAGGCAAGAGAUGAGUGUUACACCCUACAUGUACUGGUGCAAUGGGCUUGGGCUGAGAAUUUUAUCAUUAGCCGCUUGGUGAUUUCAAUAUAAGAUCUUAUAACCCUUUUGUUCAUUAGUUUUAAUAAAAGUGAGACUUUGUUUCUUUUUUUUGGGGGGUUGUUUCUUUGCAUUAGUAUUAUUAUUAUUAUUAUUAUUAUUAAAUUUCAAAGAACAGAGUUGCCUGAAAGGGCCUUUUUUCCAAGCAAUUGCACAGCCAUCUUUUUUUUGGGUCCCAACUUGUUCCUCUACUACUUCAAGCUGCCCUACUGUCUCCACCUUAACCUAUUACCUCCAUCUUGCCCUACUGUCUCUAUGUUGUCCUACGUUUGCCAUCUUGCUCUACCUUCCCUAUCUGUCCCUAGUAUUGUCUAGUGUCAGCAUAUUUCCCUGCUGUCUACACUUACCUUAUUGUACCAUCUCCAUCUUGCCUUUCUUUCUCUGUAGUGUCCUACUUUUUCCAUCUUGUCCACCAUCUUUGGUCUACUCUCCCAAUACUUGCAGACUCUUGCCUUGAAGACAGUCAAGUAACCCAUAUUACUUACCAUAUUACCUAAAGAUCUUCUAGAAAGUCCAGCUGGAAGGUGAACAAAAAAUUUUACAUUUAGUUGGGUUUUUGGAUAGGGAGGUGGGGACAUUUGGCCAAUAAUCCAAGUGGUCCCUUAUUUGUAACAAAUGCUACUUGCACAUACUGUAUAACCAUAGUAAAAAAAACACAGUUAGAAUAUUGGCCAGUUUUGGUGUUUAUGUUCCUAUUUCCGUAUGUGAGACUGAUGGUAGCAAAGAAUUUGUUUUCUCUGCAAAAUGAGAGAGAAUAAAAUGUAUUGCC